AAAGAUUCGUUUUUCGUUUCUCCGCGACAAUUACGUUUCUAUCUUGUGGUUGAUUUGAAAGUAGUUGCGAUAGAGGUGGUUGCUUAUAAUUGGAAACACGAUGAAGAAGCUCGUGUUAAUCUUACAAAUUGCUCUCUUUAUUUCAUUAGUAAGCGGAUUCAUAAAUGUAUAUCCUAAACUCAAAAAGUAUAAUCUACCCGACGAAGGAGAUCCUGGAAAACCACUAUUCUUGACGCCGCUUAUCGAAAGUGGUAAAAUAGAUGAGGCUCGUAGUAAAUCUCUUGUACAGCAUAAAGAAAUGGACGAUGUCAGCAGUUAUGCCGGUUAUCUAACAGUCAAUAAAGAUUACAAUUCGAACAUGUUCUUUUGGUUCUUCCCUGCUGUGCAUAAUCCAAAAACUGCUCCUGUAAUGUUAUGGCUACAAGGUGGUCCAGGAGCUACAUCUAUGUUUGGUUUAUUUACUGAAAAUGGUCCAUUUAUAGCAACUGCCAACAAAACUUUGGCAAUGCGUAAAUAUUCUUGGAACAAGUCGCACAAUUUAAUAUAUAUUGAUAAUCCUGUGGGUACUGGAUAUAGUUUUACCGAUGAUGAUAGAGGAUAUGCUACCAAUGAAACGCACGUAGGAAGGGAUGUUCAUACUGCACUGGUUCAAUUCUUUAAGUUGUUCCCAGAGCUUCAGAACAAUGACUUCUAUGUAACCGGUGAAUCUUAUGCUGGGAAGUAUGUACCUGCAGUAUCCCACGCGAUUAAGGAUUUUAAUAUCAAAGCAGAAACAAAGAUAAACUUGAAGGGUUUAGCAAUUGGGAAUGGUUUAACUGAUCCGGAAAAUCAGUUACACUAUGGAGAUUAUUUGUAUCAACUGGGAUUAAUUGAUGCAAAUGCAAGAGAGUUGUUUCAUAAGUACGAAGAUGAGGGUAGAAAUUUGAUUAAACAAGAAAAGUACGUAGAAGCUUUCCAUAUAUUUGAUGACCUCUUGAACAGUGAUUUAACCGGGUAUCCAUCACUAUUUAAAAACUUAACUGGAUUUGAUUAUUAUUUCAAUUAUUUGCACACCAAAGAUUCAAAUGAUUCUGACUACAUGUCAGAAUGGAUUCAAAGAGCAGAUGUGAGGAAAGCAAUACAUGUUGGUAAUUGUUCAUUCCAUGUUGAAGACGAUACAGUGGAGCAGCAUCUCAAAGCAGAUGUUAUGAAAUCUGUGGCAGUCCUUGUAUCAGAUUUAACACAGCAUUAUAGAGUUUUGAUAUAUAAUGGACAACUUGAUAUUAUUGUUGCAUAUCCACUGACAGAAAGUUAUUUGCAACAGUUAAAGUGGCCUGGUGCUGAGAAAUAUAAAACAGCACAAAGGAAACAAUGGUGGGUUGACAAUGAAUUAGCUGGCUAUUCAAAGACUGUUGAUAACUUAACAGAAGUUAUGGUAAGAAAUGCUGGGCACAUGGUUCCUGCAGAUCAGCCUAAAUGGGCUCUUGAUCUCAUUACUCGUUUUACACACAAUAAAAGUUUCUAAGUACUUACAUUGAUCAAUUUUUCAAGAUAUGUGAUAAUUCCUGUUAUAGUCGUAUAGUUGUAAAAAUAAAUGUAAACCUGAAUUAUAGAUCAACGAAUAAAACUGAUAUGUUACCAAACCACA